AUGGGUUACGCGUCCACGAUCAACGAGUGCUACGAAAAGCUCGAAAAGAUCGGGCAAGGGACGUACGGGAAGGUGUACAAAGCCCGCGAACGCGCGACUGGGAGAUUGGUCGCGCUGAAGAAGACACGAUUGGAGGUACGUUUUUUUUUACGGGUGGUUUCCCUCUUCCCCUUUUGGUGUUUGGGAGAUUUUGAUGCGAGCGGAGAGUACAUCACACUCACGCGUAUACUUUCUCUACUAAAUCAACAGAUGGAAGAAGAAGGCGUACCAUCCACGGCGUUGAGAGAAGUAUCUUUACUCCAAAUGCUCUCCGAAUCCGCGUUCAUCGUUCGCCUUUUAAAAGUCGAACACGUGGAAGAAGACGGCAAAGCGAUGCUGUAUUUAGUCUUUGAAUAUUUGAACCAAGAUUUGAAGCACUUCAUGGAUGAAACCGGACGAGGACCGGCGAACCCGCUUCCGAAAUCGACGGUGCAAAACUUCAUGUACCAACUCUUGUUAGGCACCGCGCAUUUACACAAGCACGGGGUGAUGCACAGAGAUUUGAAACCGCAGAACUUGUUGGUGGAUAAAGCGCAGAACGUGUUGAAGAUUGCGGAUCUCGGUUUAGGGAGAGCGUUUUCGGUUCCGGUGAAGAGUUACACGCACGAGAUUGUGACGUUGUGGUAUCGCGCGCCGGAAGUUUUGUUGGGGGGGUCGCACUAUUCUACUCCCGUAGAUAUUUGGUCCGUCGGGUGCAUUUUCGCGGAAAUGGCCAGGAAGCAACCGUUGUUUCCGGGUGAUUCCGAGUUGCAACAGUUGUUGCACAUUUUUAAGUUGUUGGGAACGCCGAACGAAACGGUGUGGCCGGGGGUGACCAAAUUGAGAGAUUGGCACGAGUUUCCGCAAUGGAAAGCGCAAGAUUUGGCAAAAAUUGUCCCGCAGCUGGAUAAAAACGGGAUCGAUUUGUUGCAACAGAUGUUGGAGUUUGAUCCGGCGAAGAGAAUUCACGCGACGGAAGCGUUGGAACAUCCGUACUUUGCGGAUUUGGAAAAGACGCAGUUUGCAAAAAUCGAGGAGCAGUUUGAGAAGGAGAACCGAGUGAGCGUGAACGCGCAGUAA